GCCAGUCGAGUAUCAAACACCAGAGAGAGUGGAGAAGCUCAGUUUAAAUAAGGAAAACACAAGUGAAACUAAUGAAAACGAACAAUUAAGUGCAAUACUGGAGGAAGACACAAACGGAGAAUGUAAAUUAAGAAGCUGGUGGUUACUGUGGUGACAGUAUUGUAUUUCGCUGAAAACACGCUGACCUACUCCCCAAGUUACACCAAGGUCCAACGAAGAGGAGCAGAAAAUUGAAGGGAUAUAAAGAGUAAUGAGCGAGGAGAAAAGAGAGGAGAUAGAAGCUAAAAUCACUCCCAGCAUGGUGGAAGCUUAGUAAUAUCCAGUUAAGAUGAAGUUCUGUGUUCUCUUCUUGGUUCUUUUGUGUCUGUUUUGCUGCUCCAACGCCUCCCUUGACUCGAAGUGUACCGAGGGUUGGACCGGGGCAGACUGCCGGGUACCAGUGUGUAUGGAAGGUUGCCAUCAGUUACAUGGCAACUGUACCCGACCAGGUGAAUGUCUCUGUACCCCAGGUUGGCGUGGACGUCAAUGUAACGAGUGUGUACCCCGGGCUGGGUGUCAGCAUGGCUCGUGUACCUCACCUGACGAAUGUCUCUGUAACCAAGGAUGGUCAGGACACCUCUGCUCCCAGCCUGUGUGCAGCAAUAACUGCAGUCAGGCCCACGGACACUGUACCAAGCCAGGAGAAUGCAGGUGUGAAGUGGGGUGGUGGGGAAAGAGAUGUGACAUGUGCUUUCCCUACCCUGGGUGUGACCACGGUAGCUGCAAGGAACCCUGGGAGUGUGUGUGUGAGCCAGGAUGGACUGGCAUGCUCUGUGACACACGUGAGCCAGGAGGGCCGUUCUGCGAGGGUCAUCAAGGUUGGUGCCUGAACGGUGGGACUUGUAUUGACACUGGAGGCGGCCGCAACUAUACGUGUUCCUGCCCAUCACUGUUCACUGGUCAACGCUGCGACUACUUGGCCGAGCCCUCCAUAGACCACCCCUCAGCACGCACUGGUCUCCUCUCUACUAGCAGCCACAACAUCCAGGUCAUCAGUCAGGACACCGCUUCUCCCUUGGGAACAUAUUCCAUCACCCAUCCUACCACGGAUACCCCUGAGGGCACAGGAAGUGAAGAGGACCCCAAGGACGCCAGACGACGCCUCUUACAGAAGCAUGCACGCAUAUCCUUCCGUCAGCCCAAGUUGGCAAAUAGUGAGGAGGACUCUGGCAAGCUGCCCUACACUGUGGUGGAGAGGAAGCUGCUGCCUCUUCCUGUGGUGCUCCCACGGGUCAGUGACAUCAUUCCCGGGGGACGCCGCCCAGCCCACAAGUCCAACAAGCAGCCCACACCCAUACUAAUUCUGGGUUCCAGCGUCCCUGACAGUAUACAGGGAAGUACACAGGCGUCUGAGAUCUCGGGGAGAAACCAAAUCAAUGAGAACCGGCGGUUUCUCCGGCAUCAGCAGGAGACACCAGGUUUCCUUACGGAAACAAGACAAGAGCCAGGCAACGAACCCGCGCUCAUCAAGGUGCUCAACUCGCAACGUCGUCCCAUCCUGGUAAGCGCCUACGCUAGAGCCCUGCCUAGGUCUAACCCCCUCAUCCCAACCUCUCCCAGAACUCAGUCUAGACCAAGGCAGCAGGUCGUAGCUAGCAGAAGACCAACCACAACACCCCCUACCAUAACUCUUCCUACCACGCCCGCUAUUCCAAAGCAGUUUGUUACCUCUACAACAAGAGCAUCUUGGAGAGGUCGACAAGAAGUAGCGACGGAUGGGAGGCCAGAGGGUCUCUCAUUGCUCCCUCCAGUACCUUCCUCAUGGGAGAUAGACGACGUGGAGGGUCGGGAGAGUGUCCUUCACACCUACUACGAUGAGAAUGUCAACGGUCGUGUCCACAUUGGCGACACCAGCAGUGUGGACCACGCCGCUCCACAUAAAGAGAUCUACGAUGCCUUCAUUGAGCUUAAAAAAGUAUGAAGCAAAGACAGAACCAUGUGACCCUCAGCACCUCACGCACUCUAGUGAUUUAUUAUUAUAUUACCGGGAAGCGCUAACCUUGCAGGGAUCAUUCAGCGUCAGUAAAUAAGAGUUAAUCGGUUGUGAUCAAAAGGGAAGCACAGGUCCAAUUCCUUAGAUGAAAAGGCCUUCAAGCAGCAUCAAGGCAGCCUUUUAUUUAUUAUGCAAGACUGGAUACACCUGCAGUGUGCUGCUACCCUAUUAUGAUAUUUACAUAGCGGGAACACCCACCCUGAAAAGCAGUGUUGUUAAAUAAACUUAAGGCACAAGCGCCGAGUGAUAAAUAUAAAAAUUAUUAAUAAAGAUCUCUAGUUGAUCCUUCUCACUCAACUAUAUACAUAACCUGUCCUCAUAAUAGCAAGUGCGUCUAUUUUUGAACGUUCAACACUUCUGCAUCAAUUAAAUUUUAGUGAAGAUUUGGGUGAAGUUAAUUUGACCUAAUCAAGCCUACUGGAUCACCUAAAGACUUGCUCUCCUUUUCCCUGGCAUAAAUAACUCGAAAUUAUUGAAUUUUUUGGUAUAUAAAUUUAAAUUAGCAAUGCAACUAUCCUAGAAGUCUCCAUAAGACUAUACCUCAGAACUACAUUUCACUAAUUUUUACCUGGUGCGGGACAUUUUCAGGUGACUGAAAAUAUGCAGGAUGAAUAAGGUAACGCCUAACAGCGGGUUGUCACUGUCAAGUUAAAAAAAAAAAAAAAAAAGUCAAUCAAG